UCCUGUAUUGAAUACUUCAGCUGUUCCAGAACUAGACUCCAGCAAAGAUGUUGGAUAAAGUAAAACAUGUAAUAUUGGUUCUUUCGGGAAAGGGUGGCGUCGGCAAGUCCACCGUCAGCACACAGUUGGCAUUGGCCUUAAGAGAAGCUGGCCUAAAGGUUGGCCUAUUGGACAUUGAUCUGUGCGGUCCCUCAGUUCCAUAUCUCUUGGGCCUGGAAGGUCGUGAUAUCUAUCAAUGUGACGAGGGUUGGGUGCCAAUUUACACGGAUGACAGCAAGAGCUUAGCUGUCAUGUCCAUUGGUUUCUUGUUGAAAAAUCGCAAUGAUCCGGUCAUUUGGCGGGGACCCAAAAAGACAAUGAUGAUCAAACAAUUCCUUACCGAUGUAAAAUGGGAUGAGUUGGACUAUUUAAUCAUUGACACACCACCUGGCACUUCGGAUGAACAUAUCACCGUUAUGGAAUGUAUGCGUGAAGUUCGUUGCGAUGGAGCGAUAAUUGUUACCACACCCCAGGGUGUUGCGUUAGACGAUGUUCGCAAAGAGAUAACCUUCUGUAAAAAGACUGGCAUAGCUAUAUUGGGAAUUGUUGAAAAUAUGAGUGGUUUUGUCUGUCCCCACUGCACAAAUUGUACGAAUAUUUUCUCAUCAGAAGGUGGAGUUGAAUUGGCCAAAAUGUCAGGUGUUCCACAUCUGGGCACAGUGCCAAUAGAUCCGCGCGUCAGUGUUCUAAAUGGUACGACACGUUCGGUGCUAACAGAGCUACCCGAUUCUGGAACGGCAGCGACAUUUAAACAAUUGGUUGAGAAAAUAACUGCAUAGUAAUUCUGUGAUUGGCAUAUAUUUUUGUACAU